AUGGCCGACCAUGUCCCAAGAAUAGCUAUGUGGACAGGGCUUCGCCAGCAUCUCGUCAAGCUCACCUCCCAUUUCUUGAGAAGCGCCUCCGACUACAUCCGCUUCCGCGCCGUCUGCAAGUGUUGGCGUUCCGCCGUCCCCCCCCGGCCCCGUCACCUCCCCGCUCAGCUCCCCUUCCUCCUCUACCUCUCUACCCCGGAACCAAGAAAGAGUUCCGCCUUCUGCCUCGCCAACGCCUUUAAUGGAAGCAUGCGCCGCCUACCUCACACCACCAGCAUGUAUUGCAUCGGCUCCUCUUACGGGUGGCUCAUCCUCAUCUCCGAAGUCACCUCCGCGGUCUCCCUCUUCAACCCCGUCACCGCCGAAGACAUUCCUCUCCCCCCACUCUCCACCCUCCCAUCAUUCACAAAUAAAAGCAACAAUGUGGUAGGAAGUGAAAUUAACACUAGAACUUGA